UCAAUAAUCUAUAUAUAACCGGUUUGUUGAAAUGGUCCUCUGCGUAGAACUUGAGACAAUACAUACAUAGAGAGCUGGAAAAAGAGAGUGGCAGCGUAAAUUUCCAGAAAUGGAUCUGAACCCUCCUGCAGGGGAGAAUUAUGCUCAUCCAAACAUAUGUUUCUUCCAUGUGCUUUUCAAGGCUGCAGCUUUGGCAUUUUACAUACUUUCAGCUCUAUUUUUUGAUAGCUUUGUCAUUAUUUUUGUCGUUACCGUGCUUCUAGCUGCUCUUGAUUUUUGGGUAGUCAAGAAUGUGAGUGGACGCAUCUUGGUAGGAUUAAGAUGGUGGAAUGAAAUAAACGAAGAGGGUGAGAGUGUGUGGAAAUUUGAAUGUCUUGAUCAAGAGUCAUUGGCUCGGAUUAAUAAGAAGGAUUCGUGGCUGUUCUGGUGGACCUUAUACCUUACUGCUGUAUUGUGGCUCUUUCUUGGGAUAUUUUCCCUCAUAAGGUUUCAAGCUGACUAUCUUCUUGUUGUUGGUGUUUGUUUGACCCUCAGCAUUGCAAAUAUUGUUGGCUUUACUAAAUGCCGAAAAGAUGCUAAGAAACAGCUUCAAGCAUUUGCCACCCAGACCCUUGCUUCUAGGUUCUCUUCUACCAUACAAUCAGCAUUUACUUGAAUGUGUGUACAGAUAGCCGGAGGAAGACGAAAACUGCAUUGAGAGUCUUUGAGAAAUGCUACUUUCAUUUAGAUCAUUAUAAGUGGUGAUUUGGAGUUUUCUUUUGCAAUUUUGUAGAGAUAUAAAAGCAUUCGGCAGAUGGUUUUCAGUAAGUGCAAUUCCUAGAGUGUGUUUGAUUGGUAUGAA